CGACGUGUCGUGUGAUAUUGCCUCGGGAUGCGAGAAAAGGAGUAGGUUCCAGCAAUUUCGUGUUCAUUAUAGGCUAGAGAGAGAGAGAAGGUUGUAAUGCAAGUUCUUCAUCACGAAUGACUGUGCGAGAGGUAGCGUAAUGCGACUGAGAGCCGACUGAGAAGUAGAGGGAGGUGUGAAGGAGGGUACUAGAGAAGAGGUGUGAAGGAGGGUACUAUUUAGCGUUCGGCUUCGGUUCAGUGUUCACGCCAGCAGGGUUUGGGGCUCGUAAACAAGAGAGGCAGAGAGGAAUUGGCCGUCCCCCCACCUCGGUGGCAUUACCCUAGGGCGAUGGCAGAGGGAGUGAUAUAUGAUGUGCGCCCUGUGUAAUGUAAUCGUUGUCACCGCGUUGAACAAGCAGAAUGAGGGUCCUCGCGAGCGAAUACAGACGAGAGCACUCCCCCCAAAAAAAGCGCUCCACAGUGAAAAUAGGUUUCUGAUGUGCCCGCUUUCUCCUUUGUACUAGCUAGAGAAAGACGAGUACAUAAUCGCUUCAGCAAACAAGACGCAGUCAUUGAUUCGGCGCAAUUAGUCUCAGGAUUUACCUCUCUUCGCCCGUGAUGCGUAGGCUUUGCUUACCUUCGAAACAUAUGGAUUAGCCGAAUCGAAGUUAGUUGAAUUUGAAAUCACACAUACACCACUGUGGACUUCCUAGGUCGCAUUUCCUUCGUAAGCGUUGUGAACUCAUAUCAGAGUUCCGCUUGAGCUCCGAGAAAGAAAAAUAGCUUAUCUUGCUUGGAAAAAGCCUUCUUCAUCUGGAAUAAGUGUUGCGAGUUUGUUUUUCUGCCCUUCCUGCACGUGCACCCAUUUGGUCAAAUAUUUGAUGAAGCAGUCUCCUAAUUUUCAGGAGUGUACGUAUAUUAUAUGGUAAAAAUCCCCGCCCGUGUUGCAGCAGUCAUCCUCUACUAGGUCUUAUACUUUAUAGUAGAGCAUUUAUCAUUUUUAAGAAAGAUGAUGCAGACGACGGGCAGAGUGUCUGUGAAUUGGGCGCGCGCGAGCUCGACCUUGUGCACUUCGAGCAGUCGGUUUUACAAUAAUCAAGAGGACGAUCCACAUAAUGUGCUCGAUGGUGGAAAUUUUUCAUGGUCUGAUUCCUAUUUUGGUUCCUUGCUGCUACAUACUACGAGUACUAGUAUGACCUCUUUUUAGCAACCCAAAUAAGGAGAUGAUAUUGAUGCGUGUUGUAACGAAUAUGAGCACAUAGAUAAGUACCUUUUUCACAACAACUCAAAGUCAUUCUAUUUCAUUUCUCAUUACCAAAAAUUCUUCUUCCGAAAACACUUACACUUUCAGGUGGGGCUCCGCAGCCAAUGUGACAUUAGUGGACUUUCAGAUCGAUUUUCAGACCGUGCGGCUUAUCGAUCAUGUCUUUAUUGCCUUCGGCGCGGAAGAUGGUAUAGAAAGUUUCAGUUUGUAAUUUCUUGGAGUACAACUUGUAAAACCUAGUAAUCUCCAUCUCCUUCAUCGUUUCAUACUCUUACACCUUGAAAUACCUCUUGUUGGGUUUAUUCAUACACUCCAUCCUGCACCUGCUUUCACUCAUCUAAGGUCUGGUGCCAGGUUUAGCAUCUUUUCUUAUCCUCGCUUCCAGUCUUCAAACUUAUCUCAGGCCUGCUGGUACCAAGUUUAUCAUCCUCUCCCCUUCCUCACUGUGAGGUGUCGCUCGAAAUGCGGCCGCCCAGUUUGUUGUACUCUCUAGUUCAGACGGCAUGAGCUGGCAACAGCUCGCAGGCGGCGGCGAUACAACGGGCGCAAAGUACGAGGCAAAUGUGCAUCAAGAAGGCAGGUCAGCGCUCUGCCUGUCGUGGGCACAACCGAUGCAAUGUCGUUACAUCAAAGUGCAAUUCCAGCAACUGGCAACAGGUACGUAGAUGCUUACUUAGGUUAAUCAACUAAGUAUUUAAUUUUGGUUCUGGUGAAUACUGGUUUCUGUUAUAAUAGAAUUGAGUCAUAGUAAUUACCAUUAGCACAACCAUUUCAUAAUCGGACGGGAAUAAGUGACUUCUGAACUAAAACUUCCUAAGUCUCUCCCUGUUCAAUCAGGUUGGAUAAAUCAUGCGAUUCAUCAAAUUCAAGCAUGGGGUCCUGGAGACGGGCCAUCCGCGCAAGCGAUGAUGCAGAAUUGUAGAGGGCCACCGACAUUCAUCUACGCCACUGACCUGCAACAAAUGAAGGUAAGACUCCAACGUGAAAUUGUAAUUGACUAUAUGUUAUUAAUACGUGGAAGUGGAGAAAAACCACAAGACGUUGGUCAUUAGUAACCCACCCUCCUGCUCUAGUAACGAAUGUGAAUCAAUCAAACCGAAACCUCCACAGACAUUAAAAACUUUCAUGAAAACUACAGCAAGCUUUACUAGUGUGUCCACAAACAUUAACAUGUUUCAUCAAAACAAAACACAGCAAGCUUUGCUGAUGGGAACGAUGUCCUCAAAAAUGGGGCUCAAUCCAUGGAAUGCACCGCCGCUGCCUCAGUUUGCACCUGUUGUGCAGGUCGUUCCACAACAGCAGGUAGUGCUGCCUGUAGUAGCGCCAGCGCCACAGCAGAUGGGAAAGCCAGCAGAGAAAACCGAAGAGGAAAAGUUACGGCAUAAGGAUAACGAUAUAAAUGUUGCUGUUUUGUACUGCUAUAUAGAGUGUGUAAGAGGAAAAUGUUCGUGUUGUAGUAGAGCGGAGACUUCUUCCAUUGAUGCUAGCAUGAAUGUACUCAGUUACCUCCUUGUUACCAACAGAUAGUGCAUGGAAAUUUUAAUUGUCGUCUUGUACCUACUGUAGAGUGUGGGAACCUGCAUGAGGAAAAAUUCCAUUGAUAGUUCGGUUCACAUGAUUGUAGUUACGAAUAGAUAGACAAAGUCCUCUCUAAUGUAUUGGAAGGAGGAAAAAGCGAGGCAAAACGCACACGCAGCAAAGAGACAAAAGGGCAUGUGUAUGGGGUAUUUUUCGUGGUUGAAAUUCUUUAAGAAUUUCACAGAAGGUUGCACGGCUUGUUUUUUCGAUAGUACUAGGUUUCUCUCAUCUUUGAAGAUACUUACAGCAUUUUUUCGAUGUUUGUUUCUUAUUAGUCCCUUCAUUUAAUCAUAAAAGAACAAUGAAUUUAGACGCAAAAUGUUGAAUCCUAGACAACAUUGUUGACUUCUCCGCAGGUGCGCCGCCGCAAUGGCAGCUUUGCCAUGCUGCUUCUGCCUGGCAUACGUUAUUGGUGAGAAUGCAGGCGAGAUCGCCGACGGCGCUGCAGGCGCUGCAGAGGGUGUCGGCGAUGUUGCUGGCCAAAUUGGGGGAUGUCUGGAGAGCCUCUUCAAAUGA